CCACCAGCCCACCACCACCAUAACAGCCUCCGUCGCAAAUCCGCCAAGGCCUCCGCCGUCUCCGACUCCGUCCCCGGCUCCCCGCCUCCGCUAGGCGCGACAGCACCGUCCCCACCGAAGCCGAGACCAUCCUCGUCUUGGCCUCGGCCAUGUCGCGCUUCUUCCGCGGCGCCGCCCUCACCGCUGCCGCAGCGGUUGCGGGCCUGUCCUCUGCAUUCUCGCAGAGCCUCUCUUCGCCCCUCCCGCUCUCGGCUUCUUCCUCCUCUUCUCCGUCGACGCCCGUCGGUCCCGUCGCAGUCUCCGGUCACGUCGCCCUCGUCCGCGCGCACCCGGGUCUCCGCGAGCUCGGCGCCAUGCUUACACCGGCCUCCUUCCUCGUCGACGCCACCAAGGCGUUCCUGGCGGCCGCACUGCGCUGUCCGCCUAUCUACCCCGAGACGCUCCGCCAGGGCCGCGAAUACCUCACCGCGCAGAUCCUGUCCGCAGAGUCGGAGGAGGGACACGCGGCGGUGGAGCAGGCAGCCUUCUUGGCCCGGACCAACAUGGCCCUCCUCGAUGCGCUUGAAGGCCGCCUCGACGACGCGCGCGACGCCAUCGUGCGCCUCGCCGCGGAGCGCCCAGGCGACACCACCUUGCGCCUCCUCGCCGCCGCGCUCUGCCGCGUGCUAGGCCGCCACGAGGAGGGGGCCCAGUGGCUGCACCUGCACGGUUCCGCCGUGCCUGACCUCUCCCGCCUCGACCACAAGAUUGGCUUCGCGCAGACCGUCCUUGUCGCCACGGUUGGCUCCGCGCCGCGCGCCGUGGCUGGCUCGGAGGCGCUGGUCCUCACCACCACGCUUGGGCUGCUCGAGAUGUCGAUGUGGUCCAUUUUCACGCACGGCGAUCUGCCGGAGAGGCUCCAGGUGUUAGCGAUGAUGGCGUUCUUGCGGGGCGUCGUGGCGAGGAAGCUGCGCAGAGAUGAUGGACCAGCACCGAUGCAGGAGGCCACCCCAAACUAGCUAGGUGAAUUGUCUUCAGAACUCCAUUCAGAUUUAGGUGACCGUGUCUGAAGAUUCCUUGGUUAAGACGGAAUAUUAAAGUGAAGUCGUGAUCAAUAUUCAUUAGCUGUUUCGGAAUUGUUGUACAGAGAUCCUCAACCAAUUGCACAAUGUUCAAAUUUCACUUUUAUUUUGGCACUGCCAACAUAUUCCAUAGACUGAUACAACAAAGUAAUGCACUAAUGCCUUCUCUGGUUUGGCAACCAAGGUGCGAAUAAGAAUGUUAAAGCUGUAUGAAUUGAUGGAUUUACAUUUAUAUGCUUGAAGGUGCGGCCAAAAUAUAUGUUACUUUUUGUUUCUCUCGAAA